AUGGCGGUUUCUACACAGUACACGUUUUGCUGGCCUGCGGGCCCGAGCGAGGUGUUUAUCACCGGGGAGUUCGACCACUGGGCGGGUUCUCUGCCCCUUGUGAAGACGAGCAAGGGGGACUUUGAGAUUACGUUCCCAGUCGAGGUGGAGGGCGACGAUAAGUUCUUCUUCAAGUUUAUUGUUGACGGGGAAUGGACCGCGAGCGACGCGUACAGCAAGGAGGGCGACGGCUGCGGCUUCGAGAACAACUACAUCACCGCAGAGGACGUUGCCGCGCCUGGUAUUCAAGCGCAGUUUGCUGCGAUUCCAGAGGCUGGUGGUCUUUCCGCGAAGAGCAAUGUGGGGGAGAAGGAGGAGGCCGAGGGGGCGCACACUGGGGACGUGCACAUCAUGCCCGUGGAGGAAAUGCCCGCGCAGGGCACGCCCCUUGCUGGACCAGGACCCGUGAUUGUGCAGCACCCGGAAGAGGUCAAGGAGUUCUCAGAGAUUAGGGACGUCGACGCUAAGGCACUGAACGAGCAACUCAACGCAGAACUCAACGCACAAUUGGAGGACGUGGAGCCCGUCGAGGACGCACCAGAAGUCUCAGAGGUGAAAUCCUGUAGCUCUUCGGAAUCGUCCAAGCAAGAGGAGCCACAAGAGCCAGCUGCAAAACCAACUGAAGAUGUCCCACAGACGAAGAGGGCUGAGGUUUCAGCUAAGUCCCCAACUCCAACACCUGCUGCGGCGCCGGCUAAAUCGAAAUUGAAGGAGCAGCCUGCCACUGAGACUCCAAGGACAACAGAGAAGGCUAGCUCGCCCAAGAAGACCGUCCCACAGAAAAAGAAGAUCCCACGCAAGGUCAAUGGCACUAGUUCAAGCAAACCGAUCAUCCAAGCUAAGCCAAAAAGUGGAGUCUUCUCCAAAUUGAAAAAACUGUUCAACUGA